AUGAAGCCAGGAGGCUGCAGCCCCACAGCGAUCCCAGAGUCUGAGUCUGCCGAGGUACCCCUAGGAUUGCUGCUGCCCUGGGCCUGCCUGGCCGACGUGUGGCUCUGCGGCCACCUGUGCAAGCAGAAGUCCCAGUGCCCGCACUUCCCGCUGCACGCCAACCGGCCACCCCUCGAGUUUCCCAGCUUCCACAAGGAGACCUGGGUCCUUGCUCUGUUCCAGGACAUCUGGCCCAAUGCCACUGCCCAAGGGGCUAGGGCAGAUACGAGUCCUGGGCAGUGGUGUCUACCGCCUGUGGCUGGGGUCGGGAGCCCUGAGUCUGCUGUGGAAGCUUGGGCACAGAGGCUCCCGAGAUACCUGGGCAUCACCACCGCUCACCCUGAGCCUGCCCAUGCUCAGCGUGCACCGCCGAGGCCACGCAGACUUUCUUCUUCCUGGAGUUCAGCUGAUCGGCACCCACAGAUCCUGGAGAACUUUGGCUUCAGGCGCCCGAUGCCGUGGUGGCCUAAAUCACGAGAUCGUUCUGGCCGCUGUGAUGCAACUCAGAGGCAGUGCAGCCUGAGCCGUCGGGGAUGCUUGGGUGAGAGGAUCGAACAAGCAACUCUCAAGACCCUGGCGAGGCUGGGGGCAGCAGCCUUGUUCCCCAAGGGGUUGGAGCGGGGCAAGGACUAUGUAACCGUGGGAGCUGGGAGUGACUACGAGCCCAUGGAGGACAGCGAGGCGGGCCACUUAUGUGGUAAUGGAGCUCCUGGGACUUCAGCCACUACUAGUGCUGCUCCCUGCCAGCCACUCCAGGACUGGGGGGGCACCAAAUACGUGCCCAUGAACCGCUUUCUGCCAGGGUCCUUUUCCUCGAGCUCUCUGCCCUGUUCCUACAAGUCCAGGGCCGGGGAGCCUGGACUUGGGCUCCGGGCCACCCAUUGUGGUGUCAGGGGCAGCUUGGGACUGGCAGGGGCUCAGCCCUGCUCGCUGCUGCCCUCUGAGCUGGAGGGGGAGUAUAUAUGCAUCAAGUAUAUGGCCCCAGACUACAUAGGAAUAGGCACUGCCAGGCCGCAGCCCCCCAACAGCUGCCUCAACUACGUGGAUCUGGACCUGGUCCCUCCUCUGGAGGCACGUGGUGAUGUCCCGGGGCCGGCACGCACCACUAGGACAGCUAUGUAGGCGUCGAGUUCUAGAACCUUUGGGAGGUGCCAGUUAGGGGACCUCCCGAGCUAGCUGAAGGAUGGACUGGGGGUGGGGGAACAGGUCAAAGUUACAGAAUACCCCCCCCAACACACACACAUACCCAGCCUCCUAACCUCACCACCACCAUGGCAGAGGGGCUCCAAGGCCCAGACACUUCCUUGGUCCUGUGACCUGC